AUGAAAGUGGGCGAGCGGUUUGCGAGCGAGGCGCAUGCGCCGGUUUUGGUCAUUCCGGGACUCGGCGGAUCUCAACUGAACGCGACGUUGGCCAAACCACAUACUGUCCACGUGUAUUGCACCAAGAAUCAAGGCUCGCAUCUGCAAUGGUUGAAGAUCUCGUCGUUGGUCGCGUCUCGCGAUUGCUUCUUUGACAACAUUCGCCUCGUCUAUGAUGACGUCGACAACGUGUACUACGACUCGCCAGGCGUGACCAUCACACCUGUGGGCUACGGAACGAUGGAUGGCGUCAACUCGUUGGACAAUGAGUUUGGCUUUCGCUCCAUCACCACGUACAUGGCAAAGCUGACGGCGGCCUUUACCGCUGCCGGCUACCCCGAGUGGUUCUCGGCGACCAUGGACAUGAUUGAGGAGAUGUACACCGAGGCCAACGGGACGCAGGUCCACAUCCUGGGCCAUUCGAUGGGCGGGGCCAUGGGCUCUUAUCUUUUGGCGAACGCGGAUCCGGCGUGGAAGGCCAAGUACGUGGCGUCGUUCAUUCCCAUGGGCGCACCACUCGGCGGCGCGCCUGGCGUCCUCAAGGCGCUGAUAUCGGGCGCUUCGGUCGGCAUGACCUUCUUCAACAUCUCUCUGGUCAAGCCGCAUGACUUUGCGGUUGCCAUCCGCAAUUGGCACGCCGCGGUGGCCGACUGCAUCGUGACCGACGCCUCGACAGGAGUCUGCUAUGGGCUCAACAACAUUAGUCGGCUGUUUGUCGACGCCAACGCGACGUCGACGGCGCAGAUCUACAGCCAGACGUUGCUGUUGGAUCUCGGGACAGCGCCGCCGGGCGUCCCGGUCCACUGCCUGAUCGGUAACUCUGUGGAGACCGAGGUAGCGUUCUCGUAUCCGUCUGGGCUUGGGCAGCAGCCAGCAGCGACAACGACCAUGGAUGGCGAUGGCACGGUGCCGGGCACCUCGCUGCGGGUGUGCGGCCAGUGGGGUGCGCGCCAGUCUGCGCCGGUCGAGCUGCGGACGUUCGACAAGGCCGAGCACGGCGCUAUGCCGGGCAACCCAGAGAUCCUCGACUACCUGCUGCAAAUUGUGACGACAUCAUAA